UUUGAGGUACUUCAGUCGCAUCAGUGAAUUAAGUGUGAAUUGUCGUACUUAAAAAUUAAUUGAAUGGCUUUCGGUGUCUGGGAUUAUGUUGUGUUUAUCAUAACAUUGAUCAUAUCUGCUGGAAUAGGAGUAUAUGCAAGAUUCUCCGGUGGCAGACAAAAAACUAAUCAAGAGUAUUUAUUGGCCAAUAGAUCAAUGCCAAUAUGGCCUGUCUCGUUCUCCCUCAUGGCAUCCUUCAUGUCAGCUGUCACCUUACUUGGAGUUUCAAAUGAAAACUAUCAAUUCGGAACUCAAUUUGUAGUCAUCAACAUCUCAUACGGCCUUGCAACUCCAAUUUGUGCUUAUCUGUUCCUGCCUGUAUUUUACAACAUGGGAGUUACAAGCGCUUAUGAGUAUUUGGAGAAGAGAUUUGGUUUGCUGACUAGACUUGUAGCUUCAAUUUCGUAUACAAUUCAGAUGGUUUUAUACAUGGGAAUUGCACUUUUUGCUCCAGCAUUGGCAAUGGAAACUGUAACUGGAAUUAAGAUGAAUUAUGCGAUUAUCUUGAUCGGUGGAGUUUGUUCCUUUUAUUCAAUAAUUGGUGGACUUAAAGCUGUACUGUUGACUGAUGUUUUUCAAUCUAUUUUGAUGUUUGCUGCCGUGUUGACUGUUGGAAUUAGUGGAUUAGUUUAUGCUGGAAGCUUUUCAGAAAUAUUUAGAGUUGCUGAUGAAGGAGGAAGGCUUCAACUAUGGAAUUUCGAUCCUGACCCAACAGUUCGACACACCUGGUUCACUCUAGUCAUUGGAGGUAUGGGAACCUACCUGUCCCUAUAUGGCGUCAGUCAAGCUCAAGUUCAGCGACUUGUUUCAGUAAAAACUUUAAAAAAUGCUCAAUUAAGUCUUUGGUGGCAGUGGCCGAUCCUAUCAGCACUAAGCUUAACAACCUCAUUCUCAGGAUUAGUAAUCUACUGGUAUUAUAGAACAUGCGAUCCAUUCUUAGCAGGAAGAAUCAACUCAAGAGAUCAAAAUAUGCCAAUGUAUAUUAUGGAUGCAUUAAAUAAUUAUCCAGGAAUUGCUGGACUUUUUGUAGCUGGAAUCUUCUCAGCUUGUCUGUCAACUGUAUCAACAGCUCUAAACUCAUUGUCAGCAAUCACUCUUGAAGAUUAUUUUAAAAAUAUUUACUCGGCAAUUAAGAAGAAGCCAUAUGAACCAUCUGUCCGUGAUUCAGCAUUAAUCUCAAAAAUUCUAGCGACAUGUUAUGGAGUAAUUUGCAUUCUAGUCGCAUUUCUGACACAAAAUCUAGGAGGAGUCUUGCAAGCCAGUUUGACAAUCUUUGGAGUUGUUGGAGGUCCACUUUUGGGGGUCUUUACACUCGGAAUGUUUACAAAGAUUGCAAAUCAAUGGGGAGUCAUUGUCGGUCAUAUAGUUGGUAUGGGAAUAGCUAUGUGGUCACAGUUUGGGAAGCCUAGACCACCAGCUCCACUUUUGGACUUUUCUAUCGAAGAUUGUUCAGCAUUUGAAGGUUUCAAGUAUAACUCAACAUUUUUAAAUGAAGGAAUUACUGUAGGAACUAGUGAAGAUGUUGAACCAACAUACUUUUAUUUAUACAGAGUUUCAUAUAUGUAUGCUGUAGUUUUAGGAUUUUUAUUCACACUAAUUGUCGGAUAUGUCACAAGUUACAUUUUAUAUUGGACUAAGUUACAAAAUAUGCACAAAAUUUAUGUUAAAGGUUCAGUAAAUGAAAUCAAUGUGAACCUUUUUGUUCCACCUUUAGCUAGAUUAUAUAAAAAGCACAAUGAUGACAAGAGAGUUGUCAGGUGAAUUUA